CUCCACUAGACGCCAUGGUCCGAGACAAGAGCCAGGGAGGACAGAUGUCCCUCCGUACCGAUGACUUCCAGCAGGGCCGCCGCCUGUACGAGCAGCGCCAAAGCAUGAUAGGCGCUGACGAGACCGCCGAGCUCCCUGUGUUCGACCCCGAAGUCGACCUCGCCGACCAGCCUGUCGAGCAGUUUCUGCCCUCCAUCGCGCAGAAUGACCGCCUCGAUUUCCUCCGUCGCAUCACCAAUGAGCACGCUGCCCCCGUUCAGAUUCGCGACGAGGGACUCUUCGGCGACACCAAGCAGCACCCCGCCAACCUCAAGUUCAUUCAGGAUCUAUACGCGAAGAACGACGGUGUCGCCCUCCACGCCUGGAUCGAGAGCCAGCUGAAGAUGCGCAUCGCCCAGCACCAGCUCGAGCAGGUGCUGGUCUCCAUGAUCGGCCAGCUGAGUAACAGCACCGAGCGGCUCUACGAGAUGACCAAGGAAAACAUUGAGGUCUCCAGCACAGCCACUGCAGAGCUUCGAAGCACCAAGAAGCAGCUGGAGAAGGCCCUCCGCGCCAACGCUGCGCUCGAUGAGCGCGUUCAGCAGCUGGAGAACGGUUCCGUAUCCAGUAUUGACAACAGCGAGCACGGCGGUAACGGCGAGGCCUACCGCGCGCUCGAGCAGCGUCUUGCCCGCCUCGAGGUGCAGGGCAGCCGCGAGGUCACCCCGGCCUCGGCCUACCAGCCCUCUACCGGAUCAAACAAGAUGCCCGACGUCCCUACCUUCACGGGUGACGAUGACGACAAGGGCCUGAAGUUCCCCCACUGGCUCUGGCGCAUCACGAAGCGUCUUGAGAAUGCGAACUACAGCACUGACGGCUACCGCCUGGAGUAUGUCAUCAGCAAGAUCGGCGGCAGCGCGGCCGAGUUUAUCCACCCUAUGCUGGCUGCCAACGAGAUCCAGACUGCCGACCAGCUGCUGCACGAGCUGAAGUCGGCCUACACCAGCCCGACCGCUGUGGAUGAUGCUGGCCGAAAGCUGGACACCCUCACUAUUACCCUCAAGGAUGUCCACCAGAAGCGCUCUGUGUUCGCUGAGCUCGCCCGCGUCAGCAAGCUCCCUGAGUCCCAGUGGAAGCGCCGCUUCCAUGACAAGCUCCCCAUGUACCUCCGAAACCAGGCUGUCUCUAAGUACCUGGAUGAGGACGCUACUUUCUGGAAGUACACCGAGUACGUCGCCCAGCUCGCCAACGCCAUGCAGCCUCCGGCGGCUAGCGACAGGGUCCAGAAGAACACUGCACCCACCCGCACUGUCCCCACCGGAAGUGGAGGAAGCAGCACCGCCAAGCAGCAUACUCGCGGCCGAACCACUAACCGCGAGACCAUCCCCAAGGCCCUGUACCAGAAGCUCAAGGAUAGCGGUGCCUGCUUCAUCUGCGGCGAGUCUGGCCAUGUCUCCCGGGACUGCCCCAAGAAGCCCGCUGCUGCCGUGGCCGCUGUGGACACUACUGUCAGCGAGCAGCGUGUCUCAGACUCGGAAAACUAGGCCCCCUGGCACAAGCAACCUCCCAGCCAGGGGAUAAGUGUGAAGAAGACGGAAGAUUGGCGAUUCAUUCAGUGAACCUACAGAACCUCAUAGGAGGGCAACCUCUUGA